CGUUUGAGUUUGUUUGAGGCCGGGACUGCAGCGAGAGAGCAGAGGCGCACUGACUCCUUGACAACAAGUGGAUGGAAAGAGCCCAGUGCAAUGGAGAAACUGAACCGCAGUGCAGACAUCGGAGCCCUGUAAACCCACGAAGAAUAGAUGAACUGCUUGCAUAAGAUAAGGGGGAAUGAAGAGUAGAAUACAUAGUUUUAAUGAAGAUUUGAGAUACAUUUCCAAAAUGGCACGGAUUAGCUCCAAUGCAAAAUCGCAUUUCGCAAAGAUGACAUAGCACUUAAGAAAAUGGGAUUCCUCCAGGAACAGAACUCACUCACGACCUGAAUGAAAAGAGAAAGGGGACUCUAUUCAAAUCGGAAUUUUGUUUUGUUUUUUUACUUGACAAGCCUCGGUUGUGAGCGAACGCAGAGUGAAAUAUGAAUCUGGGAAAAGCACUUCUGUUUUUCCUCCUCUCAAAUUGUGUGACAAUGACUUUGUCGCUAUCCACUUGCACCACUGUGGACAUCGACCACAUAAAGAAAAAGAGAGUAGAGGCGGUCCGGGGACAGAUCCUCAGUAAACUCCGGCUGACCAGUCCACCUCAAACAACAGGUCCGAGUCAAGUACCGUUUCAGGUCCUGGCCCUUUAUAACAGCACCAAGGAGCUCAUUGAGGAGCUGGGAAGAGACAGGCAUCAGAGCUGUGGACAGGAUAACACGGAGACUGAGUACUAUGCCAAGGAGAUUUACAAGUUCAACAUGAUCAAUGGUCCGCCAGAAAACAAUGACCUCCCGUACUGCCCUAAGGGUAUCACCUCCAAGGUAUUCCGCUUCAACGUCUCCACCAUGGAGAAGAACUCCACCAACUUGUUCCGGGCCGAGUUCAGAGCCCUGCGGAUCCCCAACAGCGGAGCCAAGAGAAACGAGCAGAGGAUUGAGCUCUACCAGAUCCUCCAGAAAGACGACCCCAAAGCCAAGCAGCGCUACAUUGGGGGCAAGAACGUCCUGACCAAGGGAACGCCUGAGUGGGUUUCCUUUGAUGUUACGGAGACAGUGAGAGAGUGGCUGAUGUACCGACAGACCAAUCUUGGCCUGGAGAUCAGCGUGCAUUGUCCCUGCCACACUUUCAGGCCUAAUGGGGACAUUAUUGAGAAUGCCAAUGAGGUGCUCGAGGUCAAGUUCAAAGGUAUGGAAGUGGACUAUGACGAUCUGGGCCGUGUGAAAAAGCAGAAGGAGCAGCUGUACCCCCACCUCAUCCUCAUGAUGCUGCCCCCCCACAGGCUGGAUGCCCAGUCCUCCUCCCGCAGGCGCAAGCGGGCACUCGACACCAAUUACUGCUUCAACAACUAUGAGGAGAACUGCUGUGUGCGACCACUAUAUAUUAAUUUCCGGCAGGAUUUGGGCUGGAGGUGGAUCCAUCAGCCUGAAGGAUACUACGCUAACUUCUGCUCUGGUCCCUGUCCUUACCUACGCAGCGCAGACACCACCCACAGCUCGCUGCUGAGCCUGUACAACACGUUGAACCCCGAAGCGUCGGCCUCCCCCUGCUGCGUUCCUCAGGACUUGGAGCCCCUUACCAUCCUCUACUACGUGGGUCGCUCCCCUAAAGUCGAGCAGCUCUCCAACAUGGUCGUCAAGUCCUGCAAGUGCAGCUAGACUUCAGGGCGAGACGCGGGACGUGGCGGCUCCCAGCACUACUCAGGAGCGGGUACGAGGGGGGAGAGGGGGCGCGGUACACUUUGCCCCCCCCCACCUUCAACCCCUGAUUCAGCCCUGGUCCAAGCUCUCUCUCGAUCUCUCGAAAAAACAAAAGAUGAAUUCCUGCAAUCAUUGGCAGCGUUUACUAAGAAGACUUGUCAAACACCACUUCACUAACGGGCACUCUCAAACCCAUCCAACCUCUUCAGCAAUCGCUUUUUGACAUCAAUGUUUUUUUUUUGUGUCAUAUUCCAGCCUGUGACCAGCCUGUACCUCAGUGUUACACAACAGGAAGAAUGACCACUGCAUUCUUAAGAACAUACAAUAAUUGCAGUCCAAAAGAGGAAAAAUGACUGAGAAUGCAGACUGAACCAAUAGGAAUACGUCAAAGAGGGUGAAACUAACGUGAUUGUUUGUUGAGGGCAAACACAUCCCUCGCCUCUGACGCACAAGACAUCUUCGAAAUGUCCGAGCUGGAAACCGCCGCUGUGCACGCCGCAGCUCCGACACUGUUUGUUUAGGAUUAAAAUGCUAUUGAAUUCAAAAUGACUUUAGGACAAAAAGAAAAAUACAUGCUGGAAACCAACCUUUAUUCUAAAGUAGUAUAUCCGUGGUUAUGUUUACCUCUGUAAUACAACAGGAUGGUGAUUCCAGGGAUAGUUUUGUUUUAAAGUGAAGCCUUUCUGUUGUAUGAGACGACGUAUGUCACUAAGUGAACACUUAAGUAGAUCACAAUCUGUAAAUGUUUUUUGUAUUACUCUUGGAAACACCUUUUUUUUUUUAUUAAAAAAAUUGACUGUUGGA